AUGAAAAAUGUUUUAUUUACUUAUCUCCUUCGAUCAAGCUUAGCGAUGGUGGAGAACUGUUUUACAUGGAAUCUCAAGGAGCUUCGAGCGGUUAUUUUGCUUCACGGGAAUCCAUUCCAGUGCUCUUGCGAUUUGGCAGCGAUUGUCUCUGAAAUUCAUUUUGUCGAUGGCCCCACUGCAGCAACUUGCGAUACUUUUGGAGAUCUUGUUCCGCUGCGAAAAUUGAUCAGUUUGACGGAGGAAAAUGUCCAAUGCGCAACUGAAAGCGCCCAAGACAUCCCAAUGUACAUCAUUUUCUUCAGCUGGGUCGUUGGACUCAUGGUUACUUUGUACAGAUACUCGAAAGCGGAAUCGAACAGUAGUGAAGAGAACUACAACAAAAUCGAUCCAGUAGAACUUGAACGAAUACGAAAAGAAGCGAUUGAGAUUCAGAAUCGGAUUAAUCAAAAUCGAGAUUCGGAGAUGCAAAAAAUCAGGCACAGGCGAUCGAAAUGCCCGACUCAUUCAAACUGCUCAUCUUGUAAAGAGCUUAAUACAAGCGGUGUCCAGCCAACGCGAUGCACUCAUACAGUCGAGUCACUGAGGAAUAAGUUCAAAGAAAGCGGACGUCAAAUGUGCAAACCAAGAGUUCGCGAAUGUGAAGCCUUCGACGACAUAUCCAUGAACGCCGCCACUAGUCGACAUUUCAAAGUGAGAAACAAGAAUUAA